AUGCUCGCGAUAUUGAUUGAGAUCUCGGCGGCACCCAGGUACGAGUUAAAUGAAUCGGCGGUGGUGUGUUUGGCCAUGCCGUUGAUCGUCACGCCACCAGGUUUGAGCGCCGUGCCGUCCGUACCGGACACGUUGAAGCACGUGACGUUGGCGACAGGCGAGUCGCAGUUAGCGUAG